CCUCGAACCGGCCCGAUGCCCAGCGAGCGGAAUAAGAAAAUUCUCAAGGGUCGGGCAGGCGCGCGAUUUCUGAAAUGUCCGACGGUAGCGGUUGUUCUGUAGUGCGGGAGGGGCAUUAAGGGGAAGCAAUGGCUGACGAUCUUCCAAGCUCCGCUCCUCUGAUCGUGCCUCCGGGCACCGCCUCGUCUUCCGGCCCCGUGAUGGACCGAGACACUAUCGAUCUUGAAGCUGGGCCUGGGGAACAGAUCCAAUGCAGAAUAUGCCUCGAAACUGACGGUCGUGAUUUUAUUGCUCCUUGUAAAUGCAAAGGUACUUCAAAAUAUGUUCAUCGUGAAUGCCUGGAUCAUUGGCGAGCUAUAAGGGAAGGAUUUGCCUUUGCUCAUUGUACAACGUGCAAGGCUCCUUAUCACUUGAGAGUGCAUGUUCCUGCAGAUAGGAAAUGGCGAACCUUGAAGUUUCGUUUCUUUGUUACCAGAGAUAUAUUAUUUAUCUUUGUUGCUGUUCAAAUUGUAAUCGCUUCCUUAUCAUAUUUUGUAUAUUUUGUUGAUAGCCAUGAGCAUGAAUGGCUGCGGUUGACCUGGCAUUUUGAUAGCAGAAUCAGCUUCUAUUACAUAUGUGGUGCAUUAUUGUUUUUUGCAUUGUUGGGGUUGUCUGGCUGCUUCAUAACUUGUUAUGACCGACGUGUACGCAAUGAUCUUGCCCAACCAUGUAGGGAAUUGUGCCUCUGUUGCUGCCAUCCUGGAGUUUGUACAGAUUGCCAUUUGCCGGGUACGCUGUGCAUGUGGACUGAUUGUGCUACUUGCUUUGAAAGCUGUGCAAGUACAGCUGGUGAAUGUGGAACAUGCUUAGGAGGAGCUGGUGAAGCUGGUCUUCCCAUAGUGAUUAUUGUGGGAAUAAUUAUUUUAGGACUAUUCACAGUGAUUGGCAUAUUCUACAGUGUUCUUGUUGCGACAAUGGUUGGCCAGAGGAUCUGGCAGCGUCACUAUCAUAUACUAGCCAAAAGAAUGCUAACAAAAGAAUAUGUAGUGGAAGACGUAGACAGUGAACAGACAGGAUCUGAUUGGUGUCCCCCAACACUUCCUCCUGAACAUGUUCAACAGUUGAAGUCACUUGGAUUGCUGUAAUUCCUACUAUGAUCAGUUUGAGGCUUUCUUCGUCGAGGAAAUCAAGUCUUACCCUGGUGUAGUUCUGUAGAUCGACCAUGAGGUGCACUAAUAUUUUAUGCAUGAUAUAUCUGUGACUGUAUCACUAAUGGUAUCUGUCGCAUUGGUACCAUUUAUAGCUGAUGAAACAGCUUAAAAUGAUACUAUCAAGGUGUCAAUCAAUCAUGUAAAAAAUGUCACAUCUAGUGGCUCCCGUCUGAUAAGCGUGCGUUUGAUAUUUAAUGGGCUUGUCUUUUGUAAAUGUGCCACAUAUGAAUCACAAACAGUUAACUUGUGUAAUUCACUUGCAUGUGGGUUUGCCGUCAUC